AUGUCCGCACUCGACCCCCAAGCACCCUCUCAGCCAAGUCAACAGACUGGCCUAAACCAAACCCAAAACCCUGCUUCAAAGACCUCUCAAGAACAAACAACGGCGCAGGACACUUCCUCCACCCAAUCCAAGACAGUUGAUCGUCGUUCAGCGCACGACGUCCCUUCGGAACACGGUGAAGCGGCUAAACCAGGUGCUCUGGGGAGUGGCGAGCGAGGUCCCCUUACAGAAAAACGGAUUCCCGAGUCCGAUGCGCAAAACUACUCCGAGGACCCCAAUUUAGAAGGCCAGCAAAUGCGGAUGCCAGGCGAAGGCGAUGUCGCAAGAGCGGUGCGAACGGGCGGUGGUGGGGGACAUGGUGAGGAAGAGAGUCUGACACAGAACAUAGACAAGAAAGCGGCCGAUCACGAGGCGGAGUUGCACAAGCGGGGAGAGCGAACUGGGAAAGAGAUCGAGGAAGAAGAACAGGAAGAUUGGACGGGGAAGAAGGCAGACAUUGCGAGUGCAUUGGGACAAGGAAGAGAGGGCCGUGACGAGGCCAGUCGUCCGGCAGUGGUUCUGGCUGCGGAAGAGUGA